UCAGCAACCGUUGGAUUAAAAAGUCUUUGUUAUUACAGUGAUCAUCAUUCAUUUGUGCAUGUCAAUCGGUAUCAGCAUCACCUUCCUAAAUUCAACUACCCGUUCCCUUCUCUUUCUUCUUCCUUGAAACCCUAAUAAACUCCUUCACUGCUCUGCACUUCCUUUUCGAUUCCGCUUCCGCUUCGACCAGUAAGAUACCGUUGGGCCGGGGCCAUCUAAUGAUAGAACUUCCAAUUUUUACAUAAAUUGCUGUUGCUAUUUUAGUAAUCAAAUGGAUUCAGUGCCUGUUAAUGUGUCUAAUUCACAUCCUAUCAAAGAUCCACCCACUUCUUCUCCUGCUAAAGAGCGUGAUGGGCAAGCUUCUGCUGCUUCAGUUUCUGAGCAAGAUAAUUCAGCACAUGAGACACCUUCUAUGCCAUCCCCACCAGGCAUAUCGUCUUGGGCCAAAAGCUUGAAAAUUUCUCAGUCAUUUUCUCGCUCCCAAGAUGACUCAUCAGGUGGAAAUGUUGAGAAAUCAACUUUUGCACGUUUCACUAGUAAUCUGGGAUUGAGGCUGUCUCCAAAGUCUCCUGUAUCAGAUGACAGUUCCAAUGAAACUGCUGUACAAUCUAAUUUGUUUGGAAGCAUUACGAAAGGCCUGGUUGACACUUCUAAGAAUGCUGUGAAAGCUGUGCAGGUUAAGGCACGCCAUGUUGUUUCCCAGAAUAAACGCAGAUAUCAGGAAGGAGGUUUUGAUUUAGAUAUGACAUAUAUCACUGAGAACAUCAUUGCAAUGGGAUUCCCUGCUGGUGACAUGAGCUCUGGGUUUUUCGGAUAUGUUGAAGGAUUUUACAGAAAUCAUAUGGAAGAAGUGAUUAAGUUUUUUGAAACUCACCAUAAGGAUAAAUACAAGGUUUAUAAUCUUUGUUCUGAGCGGUUGUACGAUGCAUCAUUGUUUGAGGGGAAGGUGGCUAGCUUCCCUUUUGAUGACCACAAUUGCCCGCCAAUUCAACUGAUUAUAUCCUUCUGUCAAAGUGCUUACUCAUGGUUGAAACAAGACAUUGAGAAUGUUGUGGUUGUCCACUGCAAGGCUGGAAUGGCUAGGACAGGGUUGAUGAUUUCUAGUCUUCUAUUAUUCUUGAAGUUCUUCCCAACGGCUGAGGAGUCGAUGGAUUACUAUAAUCAAAAAAGAUGUGUUGAUGGAAAGGGACUUGUUCUGCCGAGUCAGAUUAGGUAUGUCAAAUAUUUUGAACGAGUCUUAACUUACUUCAAUGGCGAAAACCCUCCUGCCCGCAGGUGCAUGCUUAGGGGAUUCCGGCUCCACAGGUGCCCUUACUGGAUUAGGCCCUCUGUAACUGUCUCAGAUCAUAGUGGUGUGUUGUUCUCAACCAAAAAGCAUCCGCGAACCAAGGAUCUUAUGCCAGAAGAUUUUUGGUUCAGUGCACCAAAGAAGGGAGUGAUGGUAUUUGCUUUGCCAGGAGAGCCCGGUCUUACAGAGUUGUCUGGGGACUUCAAAAUUCAUUUUCAUGAUCGCCAAGGAGAUUUUUACUGUUGGUUGAACACAACUAUGACCGAAAAUAGAAAAGUAUUGAACACUGGUGAUCUUGAUGGCUUUGACAAGAGAAAAUUGCCUUCUCCAGGAUUUAUGGUUGAGGUUGUGCUCUUGGACCAUAAUGCCAAUGUAGUAACUUCGCAACCUAAAACUACUUCAACGAAAUCAGAUGAGAGUUCAAGUAACAGUCCUACUGGUCCUGUGCCAGUAGAAAGGAGCACCCCUUCACAGAAUGCAGUCAAAGAAUCAGAGAGUCAUAAUGAUAAAGAUGAUGUGUUUUCAGAUGGCGAGGCAGAACAAUCUGCUUCUUCAACAACCAAGCAAAAAAACGCACCUUCUGAAGCAGUUGAAACUGUUAAAAAUGACACCAGAGGCUCCGACUCCGACAGAAUUUCAAAUGAAAUUUCGAACUUAUCGCAUGCAACAGAACAAGUUUCUUUGGGAAACAAUAGCUCCUCCACGUCAAUUCAUCACGCUAGUGAGCCAAGAAGUAAUGUUGACGGUAAAACAGUGUCCAGUAUCGAGGUGCCCAGUGCAGAAAGUGAGUUUAAGGCCAUGGCUGCAGAUACUUCUGUUUUUACCUUUGGAGAUGACGAAGACUACGAAAGUGAUUGAACUACCUCAAUGUGUCUUUAUACUUCGAUUUUUGUACAUAAAAUUGCUUGCAACUUCCACAGCAAUCUUUUGGUCAUCCAUUUGUUUGUUUGUUUGUUGUAAUGAUAAAUCUGGAUGCUUCACUGACUUAAUGCACAAGUUACAAAUAAGAAUAU